GGUAUACUCAUGCAUAGAGUUUAAAAAAUAAAACAUACAUGUUAAUGAUGAGAUAAAUUUUCUGUGAUACAACCCAGCAUUAACGGGAUAAUAGCUGUAUCAAGGUGUUGAAGAAAAACGUUAAAAGAUGUACAACACCAGGGCCUGUUUGUCGUUAAUUGUGUUACUGAUUCAGUUUUUGGUCGUGAAUGGCGGAAGUUUGCCGUGGCCGGAUUUCGAGAGCGGAUGGUUACCAAUUAAAAAUGGCCUUGAACAUGUUGCUCGGCUCAAUAUUGACCAUGGUCUAGGCGAAAUACCAGUUCUUGUAGACGUCUCUGUGAAAAUAAAAGAACGUAUAUUCCCAGCGUCAGGUUUUCGGCCUGACCACCCAAAGGAGCGUUCAGGACCAGUGGUAUAUAUUUAUGACGCCAUGUAUGUAAAUGUGUCGACAUCUCCAGUUGAAGAUCCACUGUAUAGACUAAUUCCGAAAAUUAACAGACGAUAUGCAGGUGAUUACGUAAACAUAUAUGGAGAUGCGCAAGUGCGCGUGCGAGCUUGGAAACAAUCGUCACUUCCGGUGGCAAACUUUCACCAAUCAGGGAUAAAAAUGAAAGCGAACACUUCAAAAGUUUCAGAUUCCUACGCCGAAGUGAGUCAUAAUAUUGGUGAAAUGCCAUGUCUUGUUAUAGUUCGUAUCAAAAUGCAUUAUAGAAACAACUUGAUUAUGGCUGACGGCGUUGGAUCCAGUAUGCAGGUAUACGCGGAUGUAUCUGGCAGAACAAACGCCUACCUUGUAUAUGGUUAUAGUAACAACACCGUGAGAAUGUGGGUAGACUCUUCAAACCUUGGUGCAAUAUUUGAUGGAAGAAAACACACAUGGUUUGAUAUAGUGAUGUCUGAAGGUGAGGCGGAGAUUUUUGCCUGGAAAUGUUCUACCAUUACACCGUUACACAACGCACGUGUUGUUACUGAAAAUACUAUGGACAGGUUGCCCAAAUACUGGAAUUUAGAUGUUGACUACGAACUAGAAAAUUCACUGAUUCGUGUUUCUGUACUUGCCGAAACACAAGAGAAACCGAAUUCCGGUUUUCGAUUCCCGGGCGGAAUGUAUCUUGGGUACCCAGAACCACCGGAAACCGGAAAUACUGUCAGCCCCGUAUCAGUUGGUGGCCUCUCUUAUGCGUAUGAAUUGAGAUACAAAUUCAAUUUCUGGCAGCCAAAAUUUUCCGAGAAUUUUUCUGCAAUAUUUAUAGCAGAAUCAUUUGGCGAUGGAAAGAACACAGAAGUAUCUCAUAGUGAAUCGGUUUACAUAUUAAGUUGGAUAUAUGAAGAGAACGCUGGCUGCCCAGAGCCGGUCAUUCCGAAUGGAUUUGCCAACACGUCAUUGAAUGGAACGUCAACGGGAUCGCACGCGAUAGUAAGUUGUGAUGAGGGGUACGAUAUAAAGCAGAAAAAGAAAUAUUACGGUUACGACUAUGAGCGGUAUAAUAUCACGUGUCAUAAAUUUGGAUACUGGGAGAAUAUGCCAAGCUGUAUACCAAAGGAAAAAGCAGUAGGCUCAGAUUGCAACCCUGCCGUGGAUAGAUGCCGGGAUCAACACGCGACUUGUACUUUGACCCCGGAUAGACAAAGAUAUAGGUGCACAUGUAACGAUGGUUACAAGAAUAAAAUUGGGCGGUGCAAAGCCAAAGGAAUCUAUUUACCAACAGCUGAUUAUGAUAGUGACUGGACAAUACUUUAUAGGACCGGUUCUAAGUGGCACCUCGAGUUCGAACAUGGCCUGGGGACAGUACCGGUGAUAGUUGAUGUACAAGUUGAAGUUGAUAACUUAAUAUUCCAUGCUGUUGGUGUCUCACCUGCAAUACUUCACCGAGGUUUUGACUAUGAGAGUACAGUUGUAUAUAUCUAUGAUGAAAAUUUUGUCAAUGUAUCGGCCUACAGACCUACUGGAGAUUGGAGUAAGGACGGCCUUUUCACAAGAAGUAACUACAAGUGGCAUGGUUAUGCCGAUAACUGGGGAAACUUUGGAUAUGUCCGAGUUCGGGCAUGGAAAGCCGCAUCACUUCCGGAACCAGAUAUAUUUGACAGCACGAAAACAUUGAGGGCUAACACUUCUAAAGCCAGCGACUCGUUUCAUGAACUGGAUCAUAGUCUAGGAGAAUACCCUGGUAUAGUUGUUGUUCGAGCUAAAAUGGAGUAUAAUGGUACAACUUUCUACGCAGAUGGAAUUGGAUCAGCACUUAAUGUAUUUUACGACAAUGAAAACGAGACAAACUCCGGUUUGGUUUACGGUUACAGUGACUCAAAGAUUCGCGCAUGGGUGGACUCCUCAACGAAGGGAGCAAUAUUUGAUGGCAGAAAAGACACAUAUUUCGACAUGAUUGUGUCAGAAGCUGUACUUGAAAUUUAUGCAUGGAAAAUAUCAACAAUCACUCCUUUCUUCACGUACAUAUUCCCGCUGGAUGAGGACCGAAUACCGUAUGCUACCGAGUUCUUAAUGAACUUUGAACUUGGUGACGGACUUACCUUGACUACGGCACAGAUUAUGGACACUUCAAGUCAAAACAAAGACUUCCGUUUCCCAUCGUCAGCGUUCCUUGCGGACAGAUAUGGUUACGACGUUUUCAACAACAAAACUGCGCCAAAAUGCAUAUUUGGUGGUUUUACGGCCGCUUAUGAAAAAGGAAGUUUGUUUCGGAUGACUGAGGAAAUUAAACUAAUCCUGUAUAAACCCAAGGACUACAAAACGCCAUAUGAAGAUUUUGGAGCUUUGUUAUGUAUACCUGACACAUAUGGGGGAGGAACAUAUGCCGAUGCAGCCCAUAAUGGCAUUGGAAUCCUUCACAGCUGGAUAAAUGGAGACUGUGGUGAUCCUCCAGAAUAUUCAAAUGGAUAUUUGAAUACAACAGAAAAUGUACAGCUCUUUUUGUAA